AAAUACUGUGUAUUUAAAUGAUUUUUAUUUCAGACAAUUUGUUGUAGCUAAUAUACAAUGACAACAUAAUCUUAUUAGUCAAUACUAUUAAGACCAAGAUUUUUCAAAUUCAUUUAUAACUGCAAUAUCAAAUGGUACGAAAUCGGAAUAAAAACCUAGCUGACUUAAUUGUUACAUAUUAUCCAGAAAGAGAAUCUUUCUUGUAUUUCUGUUUAGUCCAGAAUACUUUCUAAUACAAAUUUUAAUUCACAAAUCUUAGUUUUCUCACAAAAAAUUACCUAAGGUUGAGUUCGCCCAAAUGAAUACAACGAGUAAGUUACAAAACUUUGUGGAUAAUUUUCAUAUAUGCAAUAAAUUACAAAUUGUAUAUUAUCCUUGCUUUAACUUUUACUUAAUCACAGAAAAGUAACAACGUAAUUACUUAUUCGACCUCUAAUUUAAAAGCUUCGAUAUUGAAGUUCAAGAAACAAAUCGAAUUACGAACUUUUAUGCAGUUAUAAAUGAUUGACCGGUUUUGUAAUUUAACGUAAUUAAAUAGCGUUUAUUUGCAAGAUGGCUUUGGUAAGAAGUAUUCGUGCGCAAAUAUUGGAAAGUGAUUUAUUUGACUUAAAUCUGAAAUAUCUUACAAUCGUUGGUUUAUGGCCAAAGGAUGGUUGGUCCGGAGAUGUAUUACGUUUAUAUAAAUUCUAUGAAGCUUCUCUAUUUAUUUUGUCUUUUACGUUUAUCGUCAUAUCAGGAAUAGGGACUUAUAAUAAAAAAGAUGAUAUAAUUAUGUUGAUGACCAAUUUAGAUAAAGCUCUAGUUGCUUACAAUUUUGUUUCAAAAAUAAUACUGUUUACUCUAAAGAGGGAGCAGUUAAACACUCUCAUAAGUGAAAUCAAGCUUUCAGGAGACAAAGUAAUCAAUGAACGGAAGAAUUUGAUGGCAUUACAUGUUAUUGUAAUAACUGGUUUCUCGACAGUCAUAGUUUCAGCCUUUAGUUUGUUGAGUCAGUAUAAGAGAGAAAUGACUAUUGAAGCGUGGAUGCCAUUUGAUCCAUUGAAAAAUCGAAUGAAUUUGUUACUAUCCGCUCAACUUUUGGCCGUAUGCUUCAUUGUACCUAUAUUGUACAGAGCAUUUGCAAUACAGGGCAUCGUUUGUAGUAUCAUAAUGUACUUUUGUGACCAGUUGAUCGAGUUACAAGAUCAUCUGAAAGAUUUCGAUUAUUCAGAGGAAAGAGAUAUGGAAGUAAGACAGGAAUUCAAGGGUAUUGUUAAGAAACAUGUCAGAAUUAUGAGAUAUGCCAGAACAUUAACAAAUAUUUUCAAAGAGUACUUUUUAAUCCAAAAUCUAGCAGUUACGAUUGAAUUGUGUUUGAAUGCCCUAAUGGUUGCAGUAAUUGGCUUUGAACAAAAGACCCUAUUGGCAACAUUUGUAGGAUAUCUAGGAUUAGCUUUAAUAAAUGCAUACAUUUAUUGUUACCUGGGAAAUGAGUUGAUUGUUCAAAGUACGGGAAUAGCUAAGGCAGCAUACGAAUCUAGCUGGACAUCCUGGCCGAUAGAUAUGCAAAAGGAUCUCCUCAUAGUCAUCAAUGUAGCACAAAAGCCUCUGACGAUAAGUGCAGGGGGAAUGGCGGUCAUGUGCAUUGAAACUUACAGUCAGGCCCUGUAUAAUGCAUAUUCUAUCUUUGCCGUCUUGAGCGAUAUGGUGGAUUAGAUAAAGAAAAUAAUUACUAUGCCGCUGGGUAUAAUCACAAGGUACAACAAAUAACAAUGGAUGUAGUGAAAUAAAGAGUCGCAGGAUCACCUACUACGUUAAUAAUACUUCAUUCAGCGCUAACAAAAACUUUCAUUUUAUAUUAUAUUUCUUCGAUUACUUCGAUUGAUAUAAAGAGUUGUUUUGCUUUAAAUGUUGCUAACGGCUUCUAUGUUUAAAUAAAGUAUUUUCUUUUUUCUUUUUUUAAUAAAAUAUGUUUUUUCAUUUCAAAGAAUUCAUGUAAACUACCCGUUAUAUUUUCAAAAUACUCUAUUUUUA